AUGUUCGUUUCCACGAUUCUCAGAUACGCAUGCGGGCUCCUUGCCGUGGCCGGCUCUGGUAAUGCCUUUACCAACCCCAUCAGGGCCCCCGGCGGUGCCGAUCCACAGGUCACUUGGACUGGCGGAUACUACUAUCUCAUCGCAACCGAGUGGACCGACCUCAAGCUCAGUCGUGCUCGAACCAUUGAAGGGCUCAAAACCGCCGAAAAACGAACCAUCUACACCGAUACGAGCCCAGACAGGUGCUGCAACGUCUGGGCUCCGGAGCUUCACUAUCUCGGAAACCGGUGGUACAUUUACUACACAGCGGGACAGAGUGGAAGCACUAAUCUGGGUGGCGCCACGCCCUGGGAUUCAUGGUCCUACGGAGCUCAACUCACUACCGAUUGGGGCAUCGACGGCACCAUUGUCCGUUUCAAUGAUUGGGGCAACUACUUUGUCUACUCUUGCAUGACCGGUGUGCCCAACCAGUCGACCUGCGUUCGUCGUCUUGGCAGCAACUUCAUCUCAUUGACGGGUCCACUCAGCAUCAUCUCGCAGCCGGACCAGUCGUGGGAGAGAAGUGAGGUACCGGUCCAGGAGGGCCAGAAUGCUCUGUACUUCGGCGGCAAGACCUAUAUCGCCUACUCUGCCAACUACUGCUGGACGCCCCAGUAUUGCGUGGCGACGCUGGAGUGGGAUGGCCGAACUGACCCCAUGAACCGUGCUGCCUGGAAGAAGAGCAGCAACUGCGUGCUCUCCAGCGCCAACGGAAACUAUGGCACCGGUCACAACAGCUUCUUCAUGAGCCCCGAUGGCAAGGAGACGUGGACGGCUUUCCAUGCCACUACGAACUCGAACGGCGCCUGUGACAACAACCGCAACACCAUGGUUCAGCCUCUGACUGCCAAUUCGAACGGGACGCCCAACUUUGGUCGCGUGCAGAGCAAUAGCUACCAGUGGAGGGAGCCCAGCGGCACACAGUAA